AUGAUGUAUGUUUCUGGCGAGACCGCCGAGCCAUCGAUUGAAACGACAAGCAUGAUCGAAGAUAUUGUUCGUCAGCAGGUCAUUGAACUGCUUCGAAACUGCACUGAGCUUGCAGCGCGUCGCGGCGCUCGAGCUAUUACCAUUAACGAUCUGAUUUUCCAGAUUCGUCACGACCAAGCCAAGGUCUCCCGCCUGCGUACUUUCCUCUCGUGGAAGGAUGUCAGAAAGAACGUCAAGGAUUCAGACGACAAGGGUGGUGAGGCUGAUCUUGGCGCUGGCGAAGAUCCCGUUGGCGGUGUUGUUCCUGGCGGUCCAGUCGAUGAUGCUACUAAAAAGAAUAAGAAAGCCAAGGUCGGCCUCCCUUGGGAACCGUCUUCGUUCUACAGUCAGGAAGUUCCAGAGCGCGACGAUGAGGAGGACGAAGAAGAGGAAGAGAUGAAUUUCAUCACCCUGCAGCGUCUCCGUAAGGCCGAUGAGCGCACCAAAGCCAUGACAAAGGAGGAGUACGUGACUUGGUCCGAAUACCGCCAGGCCUCGUUCACUUACCGCAAGGGUAAGCGAUUCCGUGAGUGGGCUGGCUUCGGUAUCGUUACGGACAGCAAGCCUUCCGAUGAUAUCGUUGAUAUCCUGGGUUUCUUGACCUUCGAGAUGGUCCAGACGCUCACCGAGCACGCACUGAAGGUCAAGGAGCAGGAGGAUUUGUUCAAAGCACAGAGCGGCGGCGAGAAUGCCGGCUCGAAGAAGCGCAAGGUGGCAACUGGUCUGUUCGACCCGCCCAGUGAAGGCAGAAGCCCCAUUGAGCCUCGCCAUGUUCAGGAGGCCUUCAGACGUCUUCAGCAGCGCCCCAAGAAGACCCGAGCUAUGCUCAACGGUACGAGACUGCCGCAACAUACUGCUCUCAAUAUCUUUUGA